GUGCGGCAACAACGUGUCGGAAGCUUUUAACGGAAGGUCUUAACGGAUUAACGCUUUAAUCAAUGAGUUUCUUAAACCUCAGCAGCGGCUAAAUAAUGCAUUGGCUCUAUCGGUUUUUUUUUUUUAUUUGCUUGCUGGACCUGGGCGUCUUGGCUCAUGUUAGACUCGCCGAGUUGAACGAUAGAAGUACUCCGGAUUACGAAAGAUAUUGUCCGCCUGAAGAUUUUGAACACUCUUAUCUGUCAAAUGGAGAAAACAACAGUUUGAUUAAAGAGACUCAUGUGAAUCACUUCAGGAGAACCCAAAUAGGUAAAAGAGCCACAAUGCGGGACCUUUGCCUAGACAGCAGUGGAUUGCCAGUGCAACGGCAAUGUGAAGACUACUAUGGAAGUGCCAUAUGGAAGCCACUCGACAACAUAAGCUGCAAUGCUGGAAAUAAUCUUAGCUGGGGGCUCAACCAGCUUCAUGAAGAGCUACUUCGAGGCGAUGACGAACAGAUCAUCUUGACUCGACUGCAGCAUUCACUGAGCGAGGCUCGUGGCCAGUUGACACCUGUUGAUGUCUACAUUACUGCGCAAAUCUGUAAUUCGUUCGUAGAGAAAGAAAGAUAUAAUGAAGCUCUGGGUACGAAUUUGAUAAGCAUCUGCAGUGAGAUCAUGAAUAUUAAUGAGACUGUGCUUGAGCUAUCUGCAAAGGUGAAUGCAACCAAUGUGUUGCUGGUUAAUUUCGAUAAAUAUAUGGAUGCAAUCUCUGAACAAUUUGUAUCUGAGGAGAGAUGUGGCAACGUGUUUAUGAGUGCAUCAAGUAAAUUUAAUGAAGCUAAUGUAGAAUUGCAUAACUACAUACAUAUUGGUGUGCAGGCUCUGAUAAGCAGAAAUCUCAGUGUAUUUUAUGUGAAUCCAAGUUGUAGCAACAUUACUGGUCUGGCUAUUUAUUCCGUUGCUGGUCCAGAUCGCAUUUCGACUAGUAAAGACUUCUGGUUUCGUUUUGUUUAUGCCAACGAGAGUAUAGAAAACCUGAAGCUUGAAUCUGAUCUGGAGACUGCGGUUUACAUAACGGAUAGUGAGUAUGUGAGCCGGCUGUUAAGCAAUGAUCUACCCUACGUAGUGUUUAAAAUCUACGAGAACGAUGCAUUAUUUUUGGACGAUUCAGAAGAGCACAAGGGACGAGUCAGGAGUAAGGUUUUAUCUGGAAAGCUACUAGGAGAUCAUGAUACUCAGCGGAAUUAUAGCAUGCAGUUAUUGCUACGAAAGCCGAAAGAAUUAGAUGUUCAAUGUAGACGAUGGGACAAUCAUCAUUGGCAGUAUUAUGGAGUUUAUGAUAUCAUUGAUAGUAGUAUUUCUGAAGACUAUGUCCUCUGCGAAGGCUAUGAAUGGCCAAUGGGAACAAACGUUCGGAUUCAAUGGAAGUCACUAAAAGAUAACAUUGAAUAUUGUGCGGCUGAAGAUUUUGAGCACACUUACAAAAUAAAGAGCGAGAAUGGCAGUUUGAGCACAGAGUUGCACAUCAAUCACUUCAGGAGAACCAAUCUGAAUACCCUUGCAACAAUGAAGGAUCUUUGUCUGGACAGCAGUGGAUUGCCAGUGCAACGGCUAUGCAAAAACAACAAUGGAACUGCCAUAUGGGAUCCACUCGACAACAUAAGCUGCAAUGCUGGUAAUGAUCUCAGCUGGGGGCUCAACCAGCUAUAUGACAAUAUAUUUCGAGGCGAUGACGUAGAGGUCAUCUUGACUCGACUGCAGCAUUCACUGAUCGACGCUCGUGGCCAGUUGACACCUGUCGAUGUCUACAUUACUGCACAAAUCUUUACUUUGUACGUGGAGCAAAAAAUAUAUUAUAAAGCUCUGGGUUUGAAUUGGAUAAGCAUCUGCAGUGAGAUCAUGAAUAUUAAUGAGACUGUGCUUGAGCUAUCUGCAAAGGUGAAUGCAACUAAUAUGUUGCUGGAUAAUUUCGAUAAAUAUAUGGAUGAAAUCUCUGAACAAUUUGUAUCUGAGGAGAGAUGUGGGAAUGCGUUUACGACUUUUAGAAGAGAAGAGAGAGAACCUAUUGAAACUUAUGUAGAAUUGCAUAACUACACUGAUAUUGGUGUGCAGGUUCUGAUAAGUGGUAAUCUCAGCGUAUUUUAUGUGAGUCCGAGUUGUAGCAACAUUACUGGUUUGGCUAUUUAUUCCGCUGCUGGUCCAGAUCGCAUUUCGACUAGUAAAGACUUCUGGUUUCGUUUUGUUUAUGCCAACGAGAGUAUAGAAAACAUUAUGCUUGAAUCUGAUCUGGAGACUGCAGUUUAUGUGACGGAUAAGUUUAUGAGUCAGCUGGUAGGCAUUGAUCUACCUUAUGUAGUGCUAAAAAUCUACGAGAACGAUGCAUUAUUUAUGGAGUAUUCAUUAGACCGUAAAAGACGAGUCAGGAGUAAGGUUGUAUCUGGAAAGCUACUAGGAGAUCAUGGUACUCAGCGGCCUUAUGGCAUGCAGUUAUUGCUACGAAAGCCGAAGGAACUAGCUGGUGCUUGUAGACAAUGGGAUACUGACCAUUGGCAGUAUGAAGGAGUUACCACUAGCAAUGAUAUUAAUGUUUCCGAAGACUAUGUCCUCUGCAUAAGCUAUGAAUGGCCAAUGGGAACAAAUGUUCGGCUACAAUGGGAGUCACAUGAAGAAAACACUAAAGAGAAUUCAAGUGAAUAUUGUGCGGCUGAAGAUUUUGAGCACACUUACAAAAUAAAGAGCAAGAAUGGCAGUUUAAGCACAGAGACGCACAUCAAUCACUUCAGGAGAACCAAUCUGAAUAUUCUUGCUACAAUGGAGGAUCUUUGUCUGGAUAGCAAUGGUCUGCCAGUGCAACGGCUAUGCGAAAACAAGAAUGGAACUGCCACCUGGGGUCCGCUUCAAAAUGUAAGUUGCCUAGCAGGUAACAAUAUAAGUCAGGAGCUUAACCAACUGCACGAAGAUCUAUUCAGUGGAAAACAAAGCCAAGAGGUCAUUUUAUAUCAAGUCGGCCAAUCAGUGAGCCAGGCUCAGGGCCAGCUAGAAGCUGUUGAUGUCUAUAAUACUGCGAACAUUUUUGGUUUACUCGAUGCGAGUAAACCGAACUCUACGGCGAUGGGUGCGAAUUUAGUAAGUGUCUGUAAUGAGAUGAUGAAAAUUAAUGAGACUGUGCUAAGACUAUCAGCAAGACUCAAUGCAACCAACGUGUUGCUGGAUAACUUUGAACAGAACAUGGAUGCACUCUCUGAAUAUUUAGUGCACGAUGAGAAUUGUGGCAAAGUGAUUGAAGAAGCAGCAAGAGAAUCGGCUGAGGCUGGUGUUAAAUUAAUUAACAAAGCGGAUAUUGGGGUGCAGGCGCUGAUAAGCAGCAAACUUAGCGUAUUCUAUGUGAAUCCCGAGUGCAACAACAUCACCGGAAUGGCUAUUUAUUCGGAUGCAAGUCCUGAUCACACCUCAUCUAGUGGCAAGCUCUCGUAUCGCUUUCUUUAUGCCAACGAGAGUGCGGAGAGAUUGAAGAGAGAGCCACGACUGGAGACAGCAGCUUACAUGCCAGGACAUCUUUGGAGACAACUACGACGCAAAGGUGCAUCCUACUUUGUGCUCAAGGUGUUUGCCAACGAUGCGCUCUUUGUGGAGACGUCGAUGCAAAACAGACCAAGGCCAGAUGUUAAAGUGUUAUCCAUCACCAUACCAGGAUACGAUGAUAAAUUGCCUAAUCCUGUGCAGUUUUUGCUACGCAAACCGAAGCAAGUGGGCGUGGUCUGCGCUUACUGGAAUUAUAGGAAUUGGAAUGAGAAUGGCAUCACAACUGGCAGCAAUAUGUUUGACGACAUUGUGCUGUGCGAAACCGAUCAUCUGACGCAUUUCUCUGUUCUGCUAGGCGUCGACUUGCCAGAGCCACAUAAAACAAUUCUGAGCGUAUUGACAUAUUUGGGCUGUGGCCUUUCGCUGUUUGGCAUGCUGGGCAUCUUUCUCACUGCAAUGCUGGUCAGCAAGUGGCGAGAGCAAGCGUCUACAAAGGUUCUACUCCAUCUCUGCCUGGCCCUGUCUCUGCAAUUGUCACUAUUUCUGUACUUUACCAGCGGUCAUUGGUCCAUCCAAGAGAGCUCGAUUCGAUGCUUGAUUUCAGGAGCAGUAUUGCAGUACUCUGUGUUGGUCGUCUUCAGCUGGAUGCUCAUUAUAUCGAUGCUGCAGUUCCAACGUUAUGUUACCAUUCUGGGCGUGGACCGGCCACGUCAUUAUAUUCUCAUCUCUGCGAUUGUGGCCUGGUCUCUGCCGUUAGUCCCCACGUUUCUGAUCGUGUUUCUAGAUCGAACAUCAUACAAGCUUACACAGGACGCCUUUUGCUAUCCCACCGGCAAUGGCUUGCUCCUGGGAGUGGUAUUGCCCAUUGCUCUGGUGACCAUUGCCAAUGCUUUCAUGAUGAUUCGCAUCGUUUACAGCGUCAAUCAGGCGUUGAGAUCCCGACGCAAACUUAUUUUCCAGCAGAUGCGACUUUUUGUGCUGCUCUUCUUUUUGCUUGGCAUCUCUUGGAUUUUUGGUGUCAGCAGCUAUAUAUUUUCAAAACUCAUUAUAUUUUCAUAUCUCUUCUGUAUAACAGCCACUUUGCAGGGCUUGGUGCUAUUUUUGUACUUUGUGAUUUUUAAUGCAACACAUAGACAAGCUUGGCUAAAAUUCAUCUGUCCCAAGCUGGUGAAAAUGGAUGCACCGAAAGACAAAACGCAGAUACAGUCCACCACAUUUUCAAUAAGCUCUUCCAAAAAAAAUGCCGUAAAAGUUAAUUAAUAGUUUUAAGUAUUCAUAAAUAAAUAAUUUGUAUCGAAGAUAGAUCAAAUUU